UUAACUGGCUCAGUAAGAAAAUUAAACUAUUUUGGCGCAUCUAAUUUCGACGAUAUACAUUCUUCAUUUUUGCUGUUAAUAUACAAUCUAACGGGAAAAUGAACUUUGAUCAUGUAAAUAUACCAGGUAAACUGGUGCCGGACAACUAUUUACAACUGGGACUGGCUGCACAACGCAGCAAGCAGCGCAGUUUCAAGGAGCUGCUCGAAAAGCGAAAGCUUCCGGAAAAUGGUUGGUCCGAUGAACAAAUCGAGGAGCUGGUGCAUCUGCUGGCGUCCUUGGACAGCAAUAACUACCCUCACAAGAUCGGACUGGGAGAGCGGGAAGCCCGAAUAGCCUGCAAACUCGUGGCUCGCCGGCACUAUAACUUCGGUCAUGGAAUCGGCCGCUCUGGAGACUUACUAGAGGCACAACCCAAGGCAGCUGGUUCCACGCUGCUCGCUCGUCUCACAAAUGCUCUACUUUUGGACCUUCUUCGCGGGAUCGGACUGCCCAGCUGUGCCGGCUGCUUUUUGGUGCCGAUGUGUACCGGCAUGACAUUGACGCUGUGCCUGCAGAGUCUUCGCAAGCAGAGACCCGCGGCGAAGUAUGUGCUGUGGUCCCGCAUCGAUCAGAAGUCUUGCUUCAAGGCCAUCACAGCAGCGGGCUUGGAACCGGUAAUCAUCCCCUGCCUGAUUCAAGGAGAGUCCCUAGACACGAACGUAGAUUUAUUUAGAGAAAAGAUCAUGUCAUUAGGAGUGGAGAGCAUCCUCUGCCUGUACACCACAACCAGUUGUUUUGCUCCUCGAAACAGCGAUGACAUUGCAGAGGUAUCCAAGCUGUCAAAGCAAUGGCAGAUUCCCCAUAUUGUCAAUAAUGCCUAUGGGUUGCAGGCAAAAGACAUCGUUCAUAAGUUGGAGUUGGCCAAUCGAGUCGGACGCAUUGAUUACUUUGUCCAGAGCAGCGACAAGAAUUUGUUGGUGCCAGUGGGUAGUGCCAUUGUGGCCAGUUUCAAUGAGAAUCUGCUCCAGCAUGUGGCCAGUACUUAUGCGGGGAGAGCUAGUGGUUCCCAGUCGCUGGACGUCUUAAUGACGAUACUCUCACUUGGCCGCAACGGCUUUCAAUCGCUUAUCGAGCAGCGGAGCGAGAACUUCCUUUACCUUAGAGAAAAACUUAAGAAAUUUGCAGAGCUUCGGGGAGAGAUUGUGCUAGACAGCAGGUUUAACUCUAUAUCUUUGGCCAUAACAUUGGCUACAAUUGCUGGGGAUCAGAAAGAAGGCAUCACUCAGCUUGGCUCCAUGCUACACAUGCGAGGUGUUUCCGGAGCAAGAGUGAUAGUUCCUGGGCAAGCCAAAACUAUAGAUGGUCAUGAGUUUGUAGAUUUUGGCUCCCAUCGCUCCGACCUGAAAGUUCCGUAUCUGACUGUUGCGGCGGGAAUAGGAAUAUCCCGGGAGGAGAUCGACAAAUUCUUUGAAAUUUUUGGCAAGUGUUGGAACCAGCUUUUUCAAAAUAAAAAUGAUAAAACUAAAAGCCUACCAGAAGCAAGCGACUGAAAAAAGCAUUAAAUGGAUUAAAAAAACCUAUUAUUUAACAUUGAUGAUAAACUUAUAAACUUAAACAAAGAUAUAAUAAAAACCGCAGAUACAUCCCAAA